GCCGCCACCCUCCCCAAAGAACCCCAUGGCGUUCGCCGCGAGGAGGAGCGUCGCCUCCCGCUUCUCCCACCACCUCAGCCGCCGCCUCCACCCCUCCAUACCCCACCUGCUCUCCUCCCGCUCCAACGACGACGACCCCCCGAGCCCCUCGCAGCCGCUGCCGCUCCCGCCAUUCCUCCCGCCCGCUUCCAGAGCUGCCCAAACCCUGAACCACCUCCUCCCCUUCUCCCUCCACCACUCGGGUCUGCCGCGCCGCAGCUUCUCGUCCGCCGCCCCGGCCGGAGAGGUUGAUGCUGCUGCGAGCGUCCUCGCAGACGCCGCGGAGGCGGCGGUGCCGGGCCUGCCGGCGCCGUUCCCGGGGGAGGUGGCCGCCGCCGCCGUCGACUCAUUCUACCCCGUCGCCGCGCUGCAGUACCUCAUUGAUUACGUGCAUACCUUCACCGGGCUGAACUGGUGGGCUUGUAUUGCGAUAACGACGGUGCUGAUCCGGAGCGCGACCAUCCCAGUGCUGGUGAACCAGCUCAAGUCCACGCAGAAGCUAAAUGCAAUAAAACCAGAGAUGGAAGCCAUUAAGGAUUCAAUGGAUAGCUCGGAUCCGAAAUCGGCGCUAGAGGGGAAAUAUAAAAUGACUGCACUCUUCAAAAAGCAUGGUGUUAGUCCAUUUAGUCCACUAAAAGGACUCCUAAUCCAAGGGCCAAUGUUCAUGAGCUUUUUCUUUGCUAUAAAUAACAUGGUUGAGAAAGUUCCUUCAUUGAAAGGAGGUGGAUUAUCUUGGUUUACUGAUCUGACAACCCCAGACCCUUUUUACAUUCUUCCAGUGUUAACAGGACUGACCUUCUUGGCUACAGUAGAGCUUAACUUGCAGGAAGGAAUGGAGGGAAAUUCUAUGGCAGGUAAAAUGAAGACAUUUUCUAGAGGAAUGGCUGUUAUGACAGUGCCAUUCACAAUGAAUUUUGCCAAGGGAAUUUUCUGUUACUGGAUCACGUCAAACUUGUUCUCCCUUGUUUAUGGUAUUGUUAUCCGCCGACCUGCUGUGAGGAAGUUGUUCAAUCUUCCUGCUUUGGAAGCUCAGGCUGCACCUGCACUGAAGUCAGCUUUCAGUUUAUUUGGUGGAUCCAAGGCAAUACCUUCAGCAAAGUCACCUUUAGCUAUCACGGCAGCCCAGCAAUCUUCUUUGGAGAAACCUGAUGCUGCUGCUCUUGGCUACCGGGUCAAAAAUCUUGAAAAGAAGGUGAAAUCUAGAGGAAAAUCUCGGAAACACAGGUAAAAUAUGGGCACAUAGGAGCUUAAAUGAGAGUUUGCACUUUGACCUUGCGGUUGGUUGAGAUUUGAUUUGCCCUGAAUCCUGAUAUCGUGCUAUGAUUCGAUUUUGCGCAAGGAGGCUGUCACUGUUUCUUCAUCACAUGUGGCUGCUGUGGCCUUUUUUAGUGUAUAAGACCGAUUUUGUUAGCAUAAUAGUUGAUAAACCUCAGUAACUUACAAUAAUUGGUUUUGGUGUUCAUCUGCCUAAAACUGAGAUGACAAUAUCUGGUUCCUCUGGACUCUUGGAGAGCCUCAGUGACACAGCAGGUUAAACUAUGGCACCAAUAGUUCAAAUCUUUGAGAGGUAUCUUUGUUUAGUGGUGUCAGUUGCCUGUAGGUGGCUUCAAGUUGCUGGUGAUUGCUUGUAUCGAAAUGCUUCCAGUUAUAGAUGCAAAAUGCAGGAAUACUUCACUAUGGUACUAGAUGCUUAGAUGAUUAUGUCUGUAUCUUCUGUGUAUGCACUUGCGCUUAUGUGAUGUCCAACUCAUGGUAUUUUGUAAACUGGCUGUGCACUUUGCCUGGAAAAUAAUAAUAACAAGCUCGUGGAAUAACUCA